AAAUUCUCUCCCUGACUGAUCAGUGACCACAGACCAUUACUCCAUUAAUGGCGUUAAUGCUCACCCACUUCUCUCCAUCACCACCAAUCCCGUCGCUCCACCUCUCACCUCUUUCUUCCCGCCUUAACAACCUCACAAUGAUCUGUUCCCCGAACUCUCAAAGGACGGCAAUAACUACACUUCUCCCACCGUUGAUUUUACCCAAGAACCGUAAUUUGACUUCAUCCGUGAAUCAAAUUAGGUCACAGCUGAGGUAUCCUAUCAUCUCUCCGGACGACCACUGGGGCACGUGGACUGCUCUCUUUGCCACUGGUGCUUUUGGUCUCUGGUCUGAGAAGACCAAGAUUGGGAGCAUGGUGAGUGCUGCCCUGGUGAGCACUUUGGUUGGCCUUGCAGCAAGUAAUAUAGGCAUUAUUCCUUACGAAGCGCCGGCGUAUUCAAUUGUCUUGGAGUUUAUGCUUCCCUUAACUGUUCCAUUGCUGUUGUUUAGAGCAGACCUGCGCAGCGUGAUACGGUCCACUGGGACAUUGCUUUUGGCUUUCUUGCUUGGGUCAGUUGCAACUAUAGUUGGCACUGUUGUGGCAUUUCUGGUGGUGCCUAUGCGGUCACUUGGACAAGAUAAUUGGAAGAUAGCCGCUGCUCUCAUGGGUAGUUAUAUUGGUGGAUCUGUUAAUUACAUAGCGAUUUCAGAGGCUCUUGGCGUUUCUCCAUCAGUUUUGGCAGCAGGAGUAGCUGCAGAUAAUGUCAUUUGUGCUAUCUAUUUUGUGUCAUUGUUUGCAUUGGCUUCUAAAAUACCUCCCGAGGCUUCAACAUCAGUUAAUGAUGUUGCUAUGGAUAUGGAGUCCAAUUCUGGAGGCAAGCUCCCUGUGCUACAGGCUGCAACAGCUAUUGCUACAUCCUUUCUGAUAUGUAAGACUUCAACUUUUCUAACAAGCAUAUACGGAAUUCAAGGAGGCAAUCUUCCAGCAAUAACUGCCACUGUUGUCAUCUUAGCAACUCUUUUCCCAACACAAUUUGGUUACCUUGCUCCUGCUGGUGAUGCUAUUGCCCAGGUUUUGAUGCAGGUAUUUUUUGCUGUGGUGGGUGCUAGCGGGAGCAUAUGGAAUGUCAUCAAUACAGCACCUAGUAUUUUCAUGUUUGCUCUGGUUCAAGUCAGCGUUCAUCUUGCUGUGGUCCUUGGACUUGGAAAGCUUUUUCGCUUCGACUUGAAGCUGUUACUUUUGGCAUCAAAUGCCAAUAUUGGAGGCCCUACAACAGCAUGUGGGAUGGCCACAGCCAAGGGAUGGGGUUCAUUGGUCGUUCCUGCAAUUCUGGCAGGCAUUUUUGGAAUUGCGAUUGCAACUUUUCUUGGGAUUGGUUUUGGAUUAACAGUCCUCAAACACAUGUAGACAAUUUCCGAAUAUCAGAACUCUACUAUUUGUUGUGCAUGCUUGUAGUUGUCAAUGGUCACAGUUUUCCUUGAUAUAUGUCUUGGUGUAUAUAGGUGAAGCAUCAAAUGUAUAAGAAGGAGAAGAAAGCAUUAAAAGUACAUAAAAAAAGGCUCAAAUCCUAGAACUGAAGAAGAGGAUAUGUUUUCCCCUUUCCUUUGUUGUGUUACUGCGUUGACAUAGCAUCCAACUUGCUUCAUUCCACACCUUUGUUUUCCAUCAUAUGCUGUCAAAUCAAUCCUAGAUCUGUUCAACAUCACAUAUGGAAGCUGCAUUAUCAGGAAACAAUUUGCAGAGUCAAAAUUCUGUUGAUGUGAAAUAAAGAUUAAAGAAUUCCAAUUAGUAAGUUUAUAUUCUGAUUUUUUGUUAUUCAGAU